AUGAUUCCCUUUCUCUCCCUCCUCCUCCUCCUCCUCCACCCUCAUUCAGCUUUCUCAGCCCACUGCACCACCACCACCACCACCAAAACCUUUGAAAAAUGCAUGUCACUGCCUUCCCAAGAAGCAUCGAUAGCCUGGACGUUCCAUCGACACAAUUCGACUCUCGAGUUGGUCUUUUCAGGGACCUUUAUAUCGCCUUCGGGUUGGGUUGCAUGGGGGGUGAACCCGAGCUCGCCGGAAAUGACCGGGACACGAGCAUUGAUCACCUUCCCUGACCCAAACUCCGGCCAGCUGGUUCUGUUACCUUACAUCUUAGAUCCGACAGUCAAACUACAAAGCGGUCCACUGCUAUCUCGACCACUUGACAUCCAUCUCCUAUCUUCUUCCGCUACAUUAUAUGGCGGACGAAUGGCGACGGUCCAUAACGGUGCCACCAUUCAGAUAUAUGCCACGUUAAAACUUAAACCAAACAAGACCAAGAUUCAUCAUGUGUGGAAUAGAGGGUUGUAUGUACAAGGCUAUUCUCCUACCAUCCAUCCAACCACCAUUAACGACCUUUCCUCAACCGCCACCAUUGAUGUGUUAUCGGGCAUAUCAGCCUCGGGACCAAAAAGCAACAUCAAAACGCUAAAAAUUGUUCACGGGGUCAUGAAUGCGAUUUCAUGGGGGGUGUUUUUACCGACUGGUGCGGUCACUGCACGAUACCUACGACACAUACAAUCCCUGGGUCCCGUGUGGUUUUAUGUGCAUGCUGGAAUUCAGCUUUCGGCCUUUUUGUUAGGGACUGCAGGCUUUGCCAUUGGGGUCCACCUGGGAGAACUGUCGCCGGGGAGGGUCUACGGGCUUCACCGCAAGCUGGGGUUUGCAGCAUUUUUCUUGGGUAGCCUUCAAACGCUAGCACUUCUAUUCAGACCAAAGACUACCAACAAGUUCAGGAAGUACUGGAAAUCAUACCACCAUUUUGUGGGGUAUGCAUGUGUGAUUUUAGGAGUUGUGAAUGUGUUUCAGGGAUUUGAAGUGAUGGGAGAAGGGAGAUCUUAUGCUAAGUUAGUGUACUGCUUGUGCCUAUCUACGUUGAUUGGAGUUUGUGUCGCACUAGAAGUGAAUUCUUGGGUGAUUUUCUGUAGAAAAUCGAAGGAAGAUAAGUUGAGAAGAGAAGGGGUUUUUGUAAGGGGCCAAGAGAAAGCUUGUGGAUCAGAGCUUGGUGAUCGACACUAGCCUCCAAAGUUUCUGUAUUUCCCCUUUUAACAAAUUUUGUUUGUAAUCUUUCAUUGAUUAAAGUGAAUUGCACCUUUUAGCUAUCAACAAUUAGUACAAGAUGGAUCUACAACAGGUCGAUAAACAAGUAAAGCAUAUCUACCAGUUUUAAUCGAUCAGCAAGAAAACUUAGCUACCUGUUGA